GCGACUGCCAUCAUCAUCAGCUCUGUCGCUGAGUUUGCCCCCCAUGUGUAGCACUCACCCUAGAGGUGCAGUCUGAUCAGCCCAUUGGCAGCGGGUAGGGUGUCACUGUGACAGGCUGGGGGGGGGGAGCCGGUGACAUCUCUAGAGUUGAGCAAUGCAGAGUCUUGCUACAGCCAGGAUGAGGAAGGAGGAGGCAGUGUUGCUGGGGGUGAAGGCUGCCGAUGGCUGCAUGGCGUAAGGGACAUCCUCAGCCCUGAGAAGCACAGCCACUGCUCUCCCCUAGCGAUGCGCCCAUACACGGCAGAAUAAACUCUUGACUGCCUCUGAAUUGUGACAGUUCUGAAGACCAUGGCUCAGAAGCUGUCUCCAGAUGAUGCCUUUAAAAGAAGGGCACGGGAUUCUGUGUCUUCUCUUGAUUCAGAUAAACUGCCCACAGCAGAAGCAACUGGCGAGGAGUCAUCUGAUAGUGAAGGAGAGGAACAAGAAGGUAUUUCCCACAAACUCAUCCGCAAGGUGUCUACAUCUGGACAAAUUCGGAGCAAGAAGAGCGUGAAAGAGGGAAUCCUGCUAAAACAGACCAGCUCAUUCCAGAGGUGGAAAAGGCGAUAUUUUAAACUGCGCGGAAGAACACUUUACUAUGCUAAGGAUUCAAAGUCUCUCAUUUUUGAUGAAGUUGAUCUCUCAGAUGCUAGUGUGGCUGAAACCAGUACCAAGAAUAUUAAUAACAGCUUCACGGUCAUCACCCCAUUCCGCAAGCUUAUCCUGUGUGCUGAGAACAGAAAGGAGAUGGAGGACUGGAUUGGAGCCCUGAAAUCAGUACAGAAAUGGGAGCUCAAUGAGACAACCCAGUUUAAUAUGGAACACUUUUCUGGAAUGCACAACUGGUACGCUUGUUCCCAUGCUCGUCCUACCUUCUGCAAUGUGUGCAGAGAGGCACUGUCUGGAGUCACAUCCCAUGGGCUAUCCUGUGAAGUCUGCAAGUUUAAAGCUCACAAGCGGUGCGCCGUAAGAGCCACAAAUAACUGCAAAUGGACAACACUAGCAUCUGUGGGAAAUGACAUCAUAGAAGAUGAGGAUGGAGUGUCAAUGCCUCACCAGUGGCUAGAAGGCAACCUGCCUGUCAGUGCCAAAUGUGAAGUGUGUGACAAGACAUGUGGAAGUGUGCGGAGGCUGCAGGACUGGAGGUGCCUGUGGUGUAAAGCUAUAGUGCACACAUCCUGUAAGGAGCAGCUGGGCAAAAUCUGCCCUCUUGGACCAUGCAGAGUCUCUAUUAUCCCUCCUAUUGCUCUUAAUAGCAUUGACUCUGAUGGGUUCUGGAAGGCAACCUCACCUGCCUCGUGCGCCAGCCCCCUACUCGUCUUUGUGAAUUCUAAAAGCGGAGACAACCAGGGUGUGAAAUUUCUUCGAAAGUUCAAGCAGUUCCUUAACCCCGCGCAGGUCUUUGAUCUCAUGAAUGGGGGGCCACAGCUGGGACUGCGCUUGUUCCAGAAAUUCUCAAACUUUCGUAUACUGGUGUGUGGCGGAGACGGCAGCGUUGGGUGGGUCUUGUCAGAGAUUGACAAGUUAGGACUGCAGAAACAGUGCCAGCUAGGAGUUCUGCCACUGGGCACAGGGAAUGACUUGGCACGGGUGCUGGGUUGGGGAAGUCUAUGUGAUGAUGAUGCUCAGCUACUCCAGAUACUAGAGAAGCUGGAACGUGCCACCACCAAAAUGCUUGACAGAUGGAGCAUAUUAACAUAUGAAUCCCCAAAGCACUCUCCCCCUGCCAUCAGAGAGGAGGAGAAUGGAGAGGCCAAAUUUCAGGUACAGAUAUCCCAGUAUGCCGAUUCUGUUGCCUUCCACCUGGCUAAAAUUCUGGAAUCAGAUAAGCACUGUGAUGUCAUUUCAUCUGCCAAGUUCCUGUGCCUUUCAGUAAAUGAUUUCAUCACUGAAGUUGGGAAGGCGUACGCAAGGGCAGCAGAAAACCGUGAAGAGGCAGACAACAUGGCUAGAAAGUGCUCAAUGUUAAAUGAGAAGCUGGAGUCUCUGGUUCGGUCCCUUAAUGAAGAGUCACAAGCAUUACUAGCUCCUCCCUUACAGAGCCUUCACCCUGACUCUGCCCUGAAGGAAAAUAGCAAGGAUGUGAAUGAAAAGGAAAAUAACAUGGAGGACAUGGCUAAAAUAUUCAAAUCUAAGGAGCAGCUCAUGCUAAGGGCCAAUAGUCUAAAGAAAGCUCUGAAACAGAUCAUAGAGCAGGCAGAGAAAGCUGUGGAUGAACAGAACAAACACACACAAGUUUACAGCACCCCCAUGUUAUCCCCCAUUCAGAAGGAGAGCUCUGAAGAAUUCAGCAAAGAAGGAGAGAGUCUGGCUUCCAGGCGUGGAACUAUCUCAUCUACCACAUCCUCUAUCAUUCUGGACCGGCCGUAUACCUUCAGUCCCCUGCACUUUAGCGAGGAUGCUAUCCAGUUCUCAGAAAGAUGCACUAUGAAUAAUUAUUUUGGCAUUGGCCUGGAUGCCAAGAUAUCGCUAGAGUUUAAUAACAAACGAGAUGAGCACCCCAAGAAGUGCAGCAGUCGGACCCGGAACAUGAUGUGGUAUGGUGUUCUGGGCACCAAGGAACUUCUUCAGAAAACCUACAAGAAUUUGGAGCAGCGUGUCAAGCUUGAGUGUGACGGGGAACCCAUCUCUCUGCCAAGCCUUCAGGGUAUUGCUGUUCUGAACAUCCCCAGCUACGCUGGUGGCAUAAACUUCUGGGGAGGAACCAAAGAGGACAAUAAUUUUGGGGCUCCAUCUUUUGACGACAAAAAGCUAGAGGUGGUGGCUGUGUUUGGGAGCAUCCAGAUGGCUGUGUCACGUGUAAUCAAUCUGCAGCACCAUCGUAUUGCUCAGUGCCGGGUAGUGAAGAUCACGAUCCUCGGAGAAGAAGGUGUACCUGUGCAGGUGGAUGGCGAGGCUUGGGUGCAGCCUCCUGGGAUCCUGAAAAUCCAACACAAGAACCGGGCACAGAUGCUCACUAGAGACAGGGCUUUUGAGAACACUCUGAAAUCCUGGGAAGACAAGAGAAAGGGAGACAGUUACAGGGUUAUGGCACGGCCGAGGCUUCACUCCCAGCAGUCAAUGGAGUACCUUACAGAGGAAGAGUUUGCACAUCUGCAGCACUUGGCUAACACUUCUGAGAAUCUCAUCAGCCGGAUUCGGGAAGCUGCCAAGUAUCACAAGGCUGUAGAGCAGGAGUUGGCCCAUGCUGUCAAUGGAAGCUUUGGGGUGCUCAAUGAAGCAUUUUCCAACAAAACCAACAACUCUCCCGAGUUGCUGAGCAGAAAUACGGCUGUGGAUGUUGCCAUAAGUGUGAAGGCAUUAUAUACAGAGACAAAGGCUUUCCUGGAGAGCAAGCAGCAAUGGGAAUCUCCCCAGGAGGAGGAAGGGCUUCUCUGUUCCCUGAAUGCAGUGGGCCAAGACUUGGAGAGACUGGCUGAUAUCCACUGGAUCUCACACAUCAUCAAACCAACUGAGGAGGAGAGCAGUGGAGGAGGCAACAAGGGGAGCUUUAAACUGCGAAUCAUUCCAAAACCAAAAAAGGAAAAGGAGAAGUGUCAGAAGCAGAAAUCCAACAGCUCUCUAACAGUGGAUAAAUGGGGCACAGAGGAGGUGGCUGCGUGGCUGGACGUUUUGGGUUUAGGGGAAUACAAGGAUAUAUUUAUCCGCCAUGACAUCCAAGGCUCAGAGCUGGUAUUACUGGAAAGGAGAGACCUCAAGGACCUGGGAAUAGCGAAAGUUGGUCAUAUGAAGAGAAUUCUACAGGGUAUUAAGGAUAUAACUACCCCUAUGUAAUGUGAUUGCUCACUUGUCCUUCAUCAGUAGAUCAGCAGGAAGAACAUACGGAGCAAAGUGUAUCCUAUGCACAAUACCUGGUUAUAGCUGGAAUGUCCUGUGUGAGUCAGCCUCAAAAUAUUAUAGUCUGCAAAACUCCAGACACCCACCAAAGACUGUAUUAGCUGAACAAAAUUAUUGUCACAUGGACCUGUUCAUUUCAAUCCCAAACAAAAAGUUCUUUUCUUAGAUCGUCAGUCACUUUAUGUCUCUGCUAGCUAAAGCCUAGAUGCAAAAUGAUGGCCUAUGUUUACCUGAGAUUUUUGGUCAAGCUUACGCUCAUGUUUAACUCCUUCAACCCACAAUGAUUACUAAACAUGAUACGUACAGCUUAACCUUAGCUGCUAAGCCUCUGGUAUUCGUAGCUACCACUAAUCUCACUUACAGGGUUUAGUCUAAAACAAACUUCUUAAACUCUCAAUUUCAAAUGAAAUCCGAGAUCCAGGCCUCUUUUACAGGAGCCCCUUGGCCCCAGAUCUGGCCUGGACUUUUGAUUUUAAAAUAAAGGCUAACUAACGACAGAGACAUCUGAGUCGUUUUGUGAAGGAGCUGGAAUGGACCGAACAUUCUGCUGCAUGUAAUAUAGAGGAAAGAACAAAGAUGUUUACCUAUUCUACAUGUAAUAUAUUGUUUUGUGAAGAUGUAAUUUGUCAGCUGUGGACCUAGGACUUAUGAACUUUGAUCAACGUGAAUGUACAGUUAAUUGAAGCAAUAUUUAUUGGUGAAGUAGCAACUAUUUGAAGUUGUAUUGUGAACAGUGGAUGUCUGCUCUCUGUGUACUGGAACCCACAUCAUCCCUUUUCAUCAGUCAUUCCAAUAGAGCCAGAUUCCCAAUUUCAAGGAACCUGCAACUAUUUCAGUUUAAAAAAUUAUAUAUAUAUAUCUUCUCAGACAUACAGGGAGUAAUACUGGAACCCACAUCAUCCCUUUUCAUCAGUCGUUCCAAUAGAGCCAGAUUCCCAAUUUCAAGGAACCUGCAACUAUUUCAGUUUAUCUCAGACAUACAGGGAGUAAUAGGAGAAAGAAGAAUUUUGUACUUGCUAAGUUUAUCAUAGACUAGUGGGUUACAGGGUGGCUAUAUGUCAUUAACAGUGCCAUGGGCAUUUCACAUAGAUUUAUAUAAGGAACAUUCCAUAGAUUUCUUCAUGUGGCAGAAGGAAGACAGAAGACAUACUGUCCAUUCGGAAGAUGGCUUUAACAUAUGAGCUGUUAAAGAGCCUUCUUGUUGUCUGGACUUCCACUGGGUAUUAUUAUCUGCAUGUAUUAAAAGGCAGGAAUUUUGAAAAAGUUUAAUCACUUUAAUGAGCCCCAUUGAUCAUGUCAGGCAGGCGUAGGGGCACAUUGUAGAGCCUGGAGGCACACAUACAGGUACCCUUGACAUUCCAUAAACAGAAAACAAUCCUUGUUUGAGCACAGGCCCAAAAUGCAGCAACCUAAUAUCGUUUCAAUAUGGACUGAGCUCAGCUUCCAGUAAUAACUAAAAAUUCAAACCCCAAGGCUUUAAAAAGAAUGGUAGUGCUGGAAAAGGAUCAGUGCUAGUUGGUGGCUGUAGACCUCUACAGGCAAAACCCAGAAGGAAAUAAAGCUUUGACAUUGAUCCCCAGAAAGUAGGGCUUGGCAGGCCUGGAGGAGUGGCAGGAGUAGCUAAGUUUGGAGGCCAGUUAGGGUAACGUUUGGGCAGAAUUUUUGCUCUAGACAGACCUUGUAGCUCAAUUAGUGUUGGAAGUUUAGGGUGAAACCUCAUUUGCACCCUAGAUAUUCUUGGAACUAUGGCUGAAUGACCGAUCCACCAAUCCUUUCCUAGAUCUGUAAAUAAUAUGCGUUAAAGGUGGCCUUGACCAAAGGUUUGACCACCAAGGGAACUUGAGAUAGAAAGCCCGACAACCACUGAGCUGGAACCCAAUUGAGUUACCAAAGGAAUAAAAAGAAAAGUGCUAUCUAACCAGCUUGUACAGAAAAGCCACCAACUAGCAAUGCUGGUAGAUUAGAAAAAGAGUUUAUUUUUCUUUAAAAAUAAAUUGACAAUGAAAGUGUACCACAUAGUGAAGCAUUUUGGCCCUGGUUCUGCAGCAAGCAACCACUAUAGGGAAAGAAAAUGGCCGCCCUUUCGAUGAACUGCCAGUAGGCAGAUUUGCUUCCUGUAUGUUGUCCUACAUUCCCCAGUCUCUGGUUACAUUCCAGUUCAGCUUAGUUCCUGUUAUUCUCCACCUCAUUACAAAAUCAUACAACAGCGCUAAUUGGCUUUAGCUUAUUAAUAGAAGCGUAACAAUGUCUUUGUGCUUUAUGGUGUGUUGAAUUCUCAGCUUGUUUCCUGGGCAGUGCUCCUGUAGAAGACCAAAGCCUAGGCACAUUUGCAUUCACUAUUCCUGAGGUGGGCAAGAGAUAACUGGAGCACCAGAACCUACAACUCUUACGUGAAAGCUUUGCUUUACAUCCAUGAAAACUGUUAAAAGACACUUUAUCAGCAGAUCUGUCACCCACAUGUUAAAUAGUGAUGCCUCAUCUCCCAGAAUGCCCUCUACCCUUAAUAUGGAAUACUCUUCUCACUGUAAAGUGCAUAAUAAACAUGUCAAAGUUCAAA